UGUCCAUCUAUGUCCUACAUGCUUAAUAUAAUCAUCUGUUUGUAAAGUGAAAGGAGUGAAAGAAAUGAGAUAAACAUUCUAACAGUUAAAAGAAAUUGAUUUUUUUCUUAAUUUAGUACCUGAAAUGAAAAUACAUAGAUUUUAAAAUAAAAUAAUGGAGUCGGAAUUUUUGGAAAUUAUGAACGAAAGAAAGAAUGGGAGUCGUUUUUCUCGACAAAAAAAUCCUCUAGAACAAGCACUACAGUUUGGUUCGAUUGUCGAAAUUGAAGACAUACUUUGUGAAAAACAUCAAGCAACAUUAUCGUCAGAAAAUGAUUGGGCGAAAAGAUGUAGACAAAUUAUAAAUAUUUGUCUGGACAAAAAACUUGAUGUUAACAUGGAAGAGACAAAUUAUUGUGCCUUAUUACAUUUUGUGAUGAAACAUCUCGACGAAGAUUUUGAAUCAGUUAUCAAAAAAUGCGAAAAAUUUGAUAUUAAUUCAUUGAAUGUUGUCGAUAUGCCGGAAGACGAAAAGUCUUUACUUCAUUUAGCGAUUGAUGAAAAAAAACCGAAUUUAGUGAAAAUUUUAAUAGAAUUUGGUGCAGAUGUCAAUGUAAGAGACUCCCGUUCAUGGACACCUCUUUUUUACGCCGUUUUCUCUAAACAAAUAGAAGUGGCAGAAAUGCUUUUAAAAGCAGGAGCGGAUAUUAGUGCGAAGGAUUCUGGAAAUAUGAUGCCGAUAAAUUAUGCUUUUGGUGAAAGAAAAGAUACUAGUAGCAAUGAAAAAUACAAACCCUCGAAAUUAGUAAAGCUCUUGUGUUCAUAUGGAGCUGAUUUAAAUUUCAAAAAUCCAAGUGGCUCGUCGACAUUAGUUAUGGUGUGCAGGAAAGGCAAUUUCAAGGAAAUAGAAUUUUUGAUUGAACAUGGAGCUGAUUUAUUGUCCAGUGAUGUGCACGGCACAACGGCAUUACAUUCUGCAGCUGUGAAAUAUAAUUACAAACUUGUAGAUUUUCUAAUACGUAGAGGUAUUGAUAUUAACGCUCAAGAUUGGCAGAAGGAAAGUUCUAUUCAUCAUCUGGCAGAUACUUUGGAUACGAUUAGUAAUGUACUUCAAUAUUGUGGAGACAAUACGUAUGAAGCUAUUAGCGUCGAUUGGAAUUUAGAUUUUGAAGGCAAUCAAGUGAAAAAAGCGGCUGAGAUGAUACAGUUUUUAGCUGAUAAUGGCGCAGAUGUAAAUGCUUUCAGUAAGCAAAACAUUACUCCUCUAAUGAUAAGCGUUCGUUAUAAUGCUCUUGAAAUUACCGAAUGCCUUUUGGAAUUAAACGCCAAAAUUUGCAAUAGUGACAAUUCGUCUUUUUAUUAUGGCAGUUUAAGCCGUCAGAUAAAUACAGCAUUGCAUUCUCAUAAAAUUACAACGUGGGCACUAUUAACAGCAUUUAUAGCACUCAAAAACAUCGGUUUUCCUAAAAAUACUUUUACAUCGGAUGAAAUUCAUUGGAUCAUUUACUCUUUACAAGAGUGUAGGGAAGAAGUACUUUAUAUGCAGGAAAAAAGAAUAUGGACAGAUCGAAAAGUUACUUUUUAUGAUUUUCUAAAUGAAGAUUUGUUGAAGGUGACAAAAUAUUUCAGAAAUGAUGAUGUAAUGUCUGUUUUGAAAUCUGACACAUAUGACGAAUUUCCGGAUUACAGAUAUUUUUUUGAAAAGCGUAGAGAAAGGGUUGAGAAAAUAAAAAAUUGUCAGAAUGUCUUUAUUCGUUUUCUGAAAGAGUUUUUUAAGAGAAAUUUACCAAGUGUAGUAAUUCAUGAAGUAAUGAGUUACUUGACUGCUGGGGAUCUUCGCAACUUUGGAAGAGCGUUCUGUAUAACAGAAAAAUCACCGAAUGAAAAAUAUUUCAUUUAAAUAGUUUAUUGUUUAGGAAGAACAAUAAAUUUCAUUCAUUAUAAGAAAUAUUCACGUUAAGAAAAAUUAUUGUUGACAAUAUUUUUCAAAUUUUGUGCUUAUAUACUAUUGUGUACCAUAAUUGGAAAUUUUGUGUUAUUUUGCUAAUAAAAUUUUAAUUUCAA